CUUAACUGGCUGUUGCUCUCUACUGUCUCUUCUUUCUCUCUCUCACUCUCUCUCUUUUCUCAAGCAAUGGCUAAAGUUUUCGCCUACCUCGUGCUCUUCGCCAUCGUAGCCAGCGCCGCCCUUGGCCAGGCUCCUGGACAGGCGCCGAGCAAGUCUCCCACGACUUCUCCCCCUGCUUCGGCUCCCAAAUCCGCAGUUCCUGUACCAGCGACUGCCCCGACUACUCCUCCAACUCCUUCCCCCAAGGUAUCGCCACCAGCCCCCGCCAAGGCUCCAGCCUCAAUUCCCUCGUCCUCUCCUGCUAGCUCUCCCCCGGCUCCUCCCGCGGUUACUCCCUCGGCUCCUAGCUCCGGUCCAUCACCGCCUUCGCCUUCUCCUCCCUCCGGGAUCGUCAGUCCUCCCACUUCCUCUCCAACUUCUCCCCAAAGCGCCGCCGCUUUGAACAGAGUCGCUAUCGCUGGAUCUAUCGCAUCAGUUGCCUUGGCGGCCUCUUUAUUGCUGUAGAUCUGAACUAGAUCGCUUUUGAUUUAGGCAUUCUUACCCUGUUUAGUAGGUUUUUGUUUGUUAUUUUUCUUUUAAAUUUCAUCAUAGGCUCUGACGGUGUUGAUGAAUUUCAUUUCGUAUUUUGAUGGUGUCGAUUGAGAUUUGAUUUCUUAGACUCAGAUCAUUAUAUUACUAUUUGUCCCUCCUCCCGACUGUGGAUUCUUUCUCUGUUAAUUAUUAUCAUGAUUUAUCUCUAUAUUCGAUUCUCCAUUUGAAAUGCUCAUGUAAAUUAUCUAUGUUUUUUUCAUCAUUAACAAGGAUUAAACAAAUUUAAUCCUU